AUGCUAGGUUGUAGUUUACAUCAUCAAAUAAAAAUGAUGGAUAAGUUUCAAUUAGAAAUGUGUUUGUUUCAAUUCUCAAAUGUUACCCAUCUUAUAAAUAAUGCACAGGACCAAAAUCUAAUUAAUGUACAAAUUCUUAUUAUAGAUUACCUACAAAAAAUAUUUGUCCACCCUGCCCAACUAAUUAUGAAAAAUACUAUGGAUGCAGAGAUAUUUGUAAUAUAAACUCCAUUAUAUACUAAUGGAUUUUGUUAAUUAUAUCUAAAUUCUUUCUUUGCAAAUGCGAUAGUUCAAUAUUAGUAACCUUAAUGGUUUAUUAAAAUGACCUGGAACCUGUAGACAAAUCUCCAAUAAAAAUAACUUCUGAUUGUUACGGGAUUUUUAAGUUUAAUUCUGGUAUAUAUAGAUUUCGACUAAUUAUCUACUUAUUCUUAUUCAAUUUAUUCAUUUGAGUUUUAGAUUAUAAUGUAAACUUUUAAUAUUAUUCCCCUUAAUUUUGGAGUAUAGUUUUUGAUUAUGGAAGUAUUCGAAUAAAAUAUCGAAUUAUUUAGGAAUUAAUAAGGGAAUUUAUUCUAUUAAUCAAUUUAAGAACUCUAUAAUAGUACUUAUUUUGCUUAAAUUUUUAGAAAUGAAUCAGGAAUUCGAACACCUAAUAAUAAAAUCUCAUCUUUAAAUUAUACUUCAAAUAUCUAAUAUUCAUUCAUUACAUACGUUGACCUUUCUAAAUAUCCAUUUCUUUUUUCAGCAAUAGGAAAUUAUUCGUAAAUAUUAACAUAUCAAUUUGUGAAGACAAAAUAGUAACAGAAGAUUUUGAAAUGGAUAGGAGAAAUUUUUGAAGGCAAUAAUUUCUGA